GUCUCUUGGGAGGCUGGACUAGCCACAAGUUGUGGUGAACCAGGGUAAAAUUGGUGUGCCUCGUUCUUUUCUCUUUACUUCUCGCUUAUUCAUUUUUAUUCCUGCGAUUUCUUGAUCAAACGCUAUUCACCCCCCCUCUAGCGUUGGUCUAUUAUUCUAUUAAUUGGUAUCAGAGCCUAACUCGCGUCCAAACUUAACCGUUUGAGAGUAAAGCGAUCAUGGGCUCUUCUUCUAGAAAUCUCUAUGCAGGAAUUGGAGAAGGUCAAUCAACCUCUAGGCCACCACUCUUUGAUGGCACCAACUACUCUUAUUGGAAGGAACGGAUGAGAAUCUAUAUUCGUUCCACCAACUUCCAAUUAUGGUUGGUGAUCAAAAAUGGCGAAGAAAUCCCUAUGAAGAAAGUGGGAGAAACCACGGUCCCAAAGACCGAAAACGAAUUUGAUGCCGAGGACAUCAAGAAGAUCGAAAACUAUGCAAAGGCCAUCAAUAUGCUAUAUUGCGCGGUCAACCCCGAUGACUACCGAAAGAUCUCCUGUUGCACAACCGCCAAGGAGAUGUGGGACAAGCUUGAAGCGACGUACGAAGGUACUGAUCAAGUUCGCGAAGCCAAGAUCGACUUCCUCACCCAAGAGUACGAAAUGUUCCGGAUCAAAGAAGGUGACAAAAUUGAUGACAUGUUCGACCGGUUCUCAAAAAUCAUCAACGAUCUUCAUGCUCUCAAAAAAACCUACACCAACAAGGAUCUUGUGAGGAAAAUCCUGCGGAGUCUCACACCCGAAUGGAGGUCAAAAGCCGAUGCAAUCUACGAAUCCAUCAGAGUCUCCAACGUCACCAUCGACGGGCUAAGAGGUAAUCUUAAAACCUAUGAAUCUACUAUUCUAACCCCGUCUUUGGAUGAACAAAAGAAAAAGGGGAUAGCUCUCAAAGCCACCAAGGAACCGGUGGAAGAGGCUUCAAGCGAUGACGACAAUGAAUUCGGGCUCGUCAUCAAAAAGUUCCACAAGUUCAUGAAGAAGGAAUUUGAGCGAAAGGGAAGGAAGCACGACGGUCCUCCCAAAUGCUACGGCUGUGGCGAGAUUGGCCAAAUCAAGCCAAGGUGUCCAAAGGCCAAACACGGCAAGGACAAGCCUGGCUUCAAGAAGCAAAGGGCCUACAUCUCUUGGGGUGGCGAUUCCGGCGACGAAUCAACCGACCAAGAGGAGGACGAAGCUGCAAAUCUCUGCCUCAUGGCACACGAAGAUCAAAGCGACGACGUCCAAGAGGACAAGAGCAGGGCCGCCACUUCCGGGAAAUCAAAGUCCAAAUCCCGGGCGCCUACAUCUUCCUCCGAGGAGCGCCUCUACUAUGGUGACGGGUCAUACCUUUGGUUUGAUUUCGAGGAGGAGCGCACCCGUUUCCUCACCUUUUUCUCUAAACGGGUUGUGGCUCCCCCACGGAUCAUCCCGGAGCGCUACCCGGAACUGCAGGGCUACGACGAACUUGACGCACAGCUUCAUCAAGCCGGCCUUUGGCCGUUCGUCUCCCGGGCGCACAAGGAGAUCAACCCGGCACUGAUCCGGGCCUUCUACUCCAACCCCCGGCGUGAGGACGACGUGCUCUACUCGCUUGUCAAGAGCACGCCGAUUGAGCUCACCGUGGAGCAGCUUGGGCGCAUCGCCGGCCUCCCCUUCCAAGGCGACGACGUGUCUCACUAUGGCGGAGAGGACUGGGUGCUCAACAACGAGGGCCUUAUCCUCAACGAGCUUGGCAUCACCGAGCUCAUCCGCCAUGCCUCGGGCCGCCCCACCAUCCACUCCGCUAACCCCGAUGGUCGUCUUCUUCUCUACAUCGUCUCCCGGAUCAUCAAACCCAAGAAGCACGGCCACACCAUCAUGUCCGGUGAAGAUCUCAAGCUCAUCCAUGCGAUCAUGCACUCGGCCCCAAUCAAUUGGGCAAAGUUUGUCAUGAUCAACAUGACGAUUGCCGCGUCCACCGACCACGACCACCUCCUCCCGUACCCGUUCGUGGUGAUGGACAUCCUUGAACGGUUCAAGGUGACCACCACCGUUGGCCCACUCACAAAGGCCACGAAGAUUUGGGCGGUUUCAAAGACUAUAUAUCACAAUUAUGGGAAGAGUAUCUCACAUUCUCACAUUAUGGAAAGAACUUCUCGAACACUUCCUUACACCAUAAGAUUCAUUGGUCUACUUGGCAGUCAUUCUCUUGGUAGAAAUCCAAAGUUUGUGGCUACUGCGGUAGAUUUAGGAAGGGAAGUGAUAAGGCGAAAGAUUAAACUUGCCUAUGGUGGAGGUAGUGUUGGCCUUCAAGGAGCUGUUGCUUCAACAGUCUUUACCAAUGGUGGUCUCGUUAGAGGUUUCAUACCUGGAUACAUAGCAACACGAUGGGUCUACGGACCUACAUACGGUGUAGAGCACACAGUUUCCAGCAAUUACUAUAAAUAUUUUGAGAUGAAUCAUGCCGUGGAAGCUUUCAUCGUUCUUCCUAGAGGAGUUGACACUAUGGAAGGUUUGUUCACCUUGAUCUCUUGGGCUUCUGAAGGGUUACACAAUAGACCCAUUGGUCUCUUAAACAUUGACAGUUAUUUCAAUAACCUUCUCAAAUUCUUAGACGAUGCGGUGAGGCAGAACUUCAUGGCUUCGAGUCAAAGAAAACUUUUUAUUUCUUCAUUCUUUGUUGAUGAGCUUUUAGAAAAACUAGAGUUUGCUAAAGCUUUCCCGAGACCUGGGUUUAGUUACAAUGAGUUUGUUAAUCCUGGAAGGCUAGACUUAGAAUUACAUUUGUAACUUUCCUCUUGUAAUUCAAGUUGUAUCUUGUGUUGCAAUAAUAUUAUCCAUAAAUAUUCCCCUAGGUUGUAUGGCUAGUGCGAGCUACAUUUUGUUCAUUCUUCAGUCUUUCACUAUUGGUGUCACUGUCUUGUUUUGUAUCGUCACCACGUCGCGAUCUUUCGUGUCAAUAGCGCCUACAAAUGAGUCAAUUUCAAAAUAAGGAGUAGCGAUUCUUGAUGGUCAAUUUGUUCAAGUUUCAUAACAGAGAUUUGUUAGUAUCAUGACCGUAAGUCAAUCUUAGAGAAUACAAUAGAUCCUCUAAGCUGAUCAAAUAAGUCAUGAUACGAAGUAAAGGAUAAGGAUUUGU